GCUAGCUCUCAUAGUCAUAAGUUUAUACCUUUCCCAUCUCUUUUGUAUGCUUCUCGUUCUUCCCAUCACUUCUCACUUUCACAUCUAAAUUCUUUCACUUUCUUUGAGGGGGAAAUACAUCAAUAGUUAAUUGUGCAACUUUUAUUAACAAAAGCACUCAAGAUUAAUUUUUUCUUCCGGUUUUGUUGAUUUUUGGGGAUGGUCAACUUAUAUCUAUAUUUAUUAUUCCCAUCUUGUUAGCGACGACUAUGGUGACAAAUAUUUUUUUCUCUCUCUGAAGAGACAUGCCAUGAUGACAUGCCCAAAAGUUGAACCGGGUUAUUAAAAUCGGCACAUCUGUUUUCUAAGCCAGAAAUUCUUAAUUGAGAUGGACCUCGAGGAUCUAGCUCUGGAAUUUGAUUGGGCUCAGAUGGACAUCCUUAACAGCAUCGCACCUUCCUUGCUCAACAACCCCUCCUAUGGUCCGCAGCAAGUCACUGUACCCACUCUUCAAGACUCAGUUGGAACUGUAGUUGCAACACCAAAUCAGGCUCAGAAUACUGAACGUGCAUUCCACCUUCCCGAGGAAAUUACAACCUCCUCUAGCAUGGGAAACCCUCCACAGCUUGUUGCGGAUCAGUUGCCCCAGUUUUCAUCAAACUCUUCAGCUCCAAUAUUACUGGAUGAAACUCAUUCAAACUAUUAUGUACCAUCCAUGGUGGGGUUGAUCUCAGAUGGAGCAGGCUCAUUGGUUCAAGGCCAAAAUAUGGACCAGAUGAAUUACUAUAACUGUAAUCAAUUUUCUGCCAUGCAAAACAAUAAUUUACCACCAAUGAUGAAUGAUCUGGGUCAGCAAAACGAGCUUAACACAAGCAAUCAGCUGUUAAUGCCAAAUAUCCUACCAAACCAAAAUUUCAAUGGAAUUAAUCACCAGCCAUCCUCUUAUCCAAACAUUUUUCAGCAAAACCACCAGGUGGGAGUAGAAGCUGGGAAUGAGACAACAAAUGGGCAUUACAUGACUAACCAAAGAUCCCAAUUGUGUGCUCUCAACAAUCAUCAUGCCAUCAACCCUAACAUUGGGAAUGAGAACACAAAUGGACAUUUCAUGACUAACCAAAGAUCCCCAUUGUGUGCUCCCAACAAUCAUGGCAUGAACAAUCAGGCCAUCAACCCAAACAGUGGGUGGAAUUCCCCGAGGUCCCUUUGGAUGCAAGAUCAAGGAAACGAAUACAAUCCAUUGCUGCACAACCCUGGUUUUCAGCAGCAGAGCUCCACAUUGAAUGGACCUAAUACAGGUCUUACCUCCACCUUCAACAAUUCCUCGGCAUUGAACUCUGCUAUGAUGGGGCUUUCAGGUACUAUGUCAAGUGAAGGAUCGAGUUCACAAUUGCUUAACAUGGAUGCGCCUCAGUUCGCAAACCUUUUAAGGCCUGAAAGAGCACCAGGGGCGCAACUGCAGCAAGCUGUGAACCCUCUUUAUAUGAACACAAUCACUCCACAACGUGCUGGCAAUGGACAUGGACUUCAUAUGUCUUCUUCUUUCGGGGCUCAAUCUUCAGCGUCGUCAAUUCUAAGCAUGCUGAAUCAGAAUGACAGAUCAACGGUUAGUUCCUAUGGUCCUUAUUCUACUCUACAGCAAAACUCAAGCCUGAACAUGCCAUAUGAAAGGCAGGUGCAACGAGAACCCCCACGUCGCGGUCGUCCCCGGAAACGAUUUGAACCAAGCGAUGCGGUAACUUCGCCUUAUAAACGUCGAAAGAAGGGUUUCGCUAGAGAAAAUGCUGGAAAAACACCCUUAUCCCAAGCAAACAGCACUCCUCAUGGUGUAGAUCAGAACGCCAAUGCUGAAAUAGCGAGGAACUUUGUCAACACUAUGUAUGACCCGUCAUUUGAGAGGGCUGGUGUUCCCAUUGACCCUCUUAUCAGAUUGUUAAACAAAACAUCUGAGAAACUUGCAGUGCCUGCGCCUGCAACAACGAUGUAAGCUUCUGGAAUCCUCAAGAACAGGCGAAUUGAAUGAUGUCAAUUCUCAAAGAUAUUGGACAAUGAUGUCAGUAGUUUGAAUAAUUUGAAACAAUGGUUAUAAACUUCUAGACAAAUAAAGUUGUGUAAACAAUAAGACAAGUUCUAUGCAAUAAACUCCUGUCCAUUUUGGUUUUCAUUUCUGACUGGAAGUUUUUGAGGAUUAAUAUAUGGUUACA